GAAGCGGCGCCUUAACACCUUCAACCCGGAAAUUCGCGAAGUCGUUCUUUGGUUGUGCAAAGUAUAACUCUGUCCUCGGUCGCGUCCAUGUCUGUGACAUCGUUUUUCUCGUCUUUCUUCAACACUGUGCACGGAGACGCACCGGAGGAGAAGCAGCCAGAAAACGAACACAAGGAGGAGGAAGUUACUGAGGCGGGGGAACCAUCGAAAGAGUCUGAGGAAGCCGAGGAAGUAGAAGCUGAGGAUGUCCACCCGAUUAUUCUGGAGGAGUGCAAAAACUCAGCCGCAUGCGCUUCCCUAACGAGACAUUUCGAACACUGCCAGGAGAAGGUGCAAGCUGGACAAGGCUUUAAAGGCGAGGACUGUGUGGAGGAAUUAUUCCACAUGAUGCACUGCGCCGACGCUUGUGCCGCACCAAAACUGUUCUCCAAGCUCAAGUAGACGCUAGAGUUAAUAUCACAGUGCGUCUUUGCUUUUCAGUCUCCUUUGAGUAUCUUAGACAAUCAUCCCUAUAGUUAGAUUGUUCGUGAGGAGCAAUAUCAUCUUUCUCUCUUGCCACCUAUAACCUGCUGAGGCGGAUCAUGUUGAUCGGUAAAUGCACCAACAUUCUUACUGCCCGGCGUCGUCCCCAUCGUUAUUUCCGUCUGAGCCGCGUGCUGCAACGUGGUCUUGGCUCCAUUCUUUCUACAUGAGACUGUUGGCAUU